ACAAUGAGGCCAUUCUAAUUUUGAUAACUUCUACCCCUUGUCUCUUACCGUGAGCAAUCAGAGUUGGAAAUUCCCACAGCAAUCACCGAUAGCAAGGAAAUAAAAAAUUGCAACGAAAUAAAAAAUACUAAGAACAUAGUCAGGGGGGAUGCGGCAGCAGAGAAUUAGGAUUCAUCUCUUCCAUUGCUCAACCCUAGACUGCUUCCCUGCAACGAAACAACGUUUUUUGCUUGACACUGUAUUGUUCCUCCUCCUUGUUUUGUCAAUCACGUGAGGCAAGUUAUAGAUAAAAGUUUUAAUCUGUCAUCACCAUCCUUAAUCUUCUUCUUUCAUCUUAACCUAGAAAUCUUCAUUCUUCAUCUUCUAAAUCAACAUAGGCCACCGCGCCUUCAGCCUUGAAGCACGCUGAUCCCCGUCACCGAGAGCAGCGAUGGCUAUCGAAACUCUAGUUCUUGGUGCUGGUCAAGAGGUAGGGAAGAGUUGCGUGGUGGUGACCAUCAACGGAAAGCGAAUCAUGUUCGAUUGCGGAAUGCACAUGGGCCACUUGGACCACCGUCGAUACCCUGAUUUCUCUCUCAUCUCUCAAGGCCAUUACGACGCUGCACUCUCCUGCAUCAUCAUCACUCACUUUCACUUGGACCAUGUUGGAGCAUUGGCUUACUUCACCGAAGUUUGCGGGUAUCGCGGUCCUAUUUACAUGACGUACCCAACUAAAGCUCUAGCUCCUUUGAUGUUGGAAGACUAUCGGAAGGUAAUGGUUGAUCGUCGGGGUGAGGAAGAGCUAUUCACUUCAGAAAAUAUUGCAGAGUGCAUGAAGAAAGUUAUUGCUAUAGAUCUGAGGCAGACUGUGCAAGUAGAUGAAGACCUGCAGAUACGUGCAUAUUAUGCAGGACAUGUUAUUGGAGCUGCAAUGUUCUAUGCAAAAGUUGGAGAUGCAGAAAUGGUUUAUACAGGAGACUACAAUAUGACAGCAGAUAGACACCUCGGAGCAGCUCAAAUCGAUAGAUUACGGCUUGACCUUCUUAUAACUGAAUCCACGUAUGCGACUACAAUACGUGAUUCAAAAUAUGCUCGUGAGAGGGAAUUCCUCAAAGCCGUUCAUAAAUGUGUUUCUGGUGGAGGAAAGGUGCUUAUUCCAACAUUUGCUCUCGGUAGAGCUCAGGAAUUAUGCAUUUUGUUGGAUGACUACUGGGAGCGCAUGAAUUUGAAGGUUCCUAUCUAUUUCUCAGCAGGUUUAACUAUUCAAGCUAAUAUGUAUUACAAGAUGCUUAUUAGUUGGACAAGCCAGAAGAUUAAAGAUACAUACUCUACACAUAAUGCAUUUGAUUUUAAGAAUGUUCACCAUUUUGAAAGGUCUAUGAUAAAUGCUCCUGGUCCUUGUGUUCUCUUUGCCACUCCUGGGAUGAUAAGUGGUGGAUUUUCACUUGAAGUUUUUAAGCACUGGGCACCGUCAGAAAAUAACCUUAUUACUUUGCCUGGGUAUUGUGUAGCUGGGACAGUAGGACAUAGAUUAAUGUCAGGUAAGGCCACCAAAGUUGAUGUGGAUCCUGAUACACAAAUAGACGUGCGUUGCCAGAUUCAUCAAUUGGCUUUUAGUCCUCACACAGAUUCUAAAGGAAUAAUGGAUCUUGUAAAAUUUCUCUCCCCAAAACAUGUUAUAUUAGUGCAUGGUGAGAAGCCUAAAAUGGCUUUGCUUAAAGAGAAAAUUCAUUCUGAGUUGGGGAUUCCGUGUCAUGAUCCUGCAAAUCAUGAAACCAUAUGCAUUUCCUCCACUCCCUACGUAAAGACAGAAGCCUCUGGCACUUUCAUUCAAAACUGCUUGAACCCGAACUUCAAAUUCCAGAAAUGCAGUUCAGUGGACGAAUGUGACUCUACUUUGACAGAAAAAAACUUAAUGCCUGAACUUCAAGUUAAAAACUGCUUGAAUCCGAACUUCAAGUUCCAGAAAUGCAGUUCAGUGGAUGAAUGUGACUCUACUUUGACAGAAAAAAACCUAAUGCCUGAACUUCAAGUUAAAGAUGAAAGAGUAGCAGAAGGAGUUCUGGUUAUGGAGAAAACAAAAAAGGCAAAGAUUGUUCACCAGGAUGAACUUCUGCUCAUGUUAGGUGAAAAGAAGCAAGGGGUUUAGUUUGCAUAUGGCUGUCCUUUACAUAUUGAUCGCUCAAUGGAAAGCUUAAGUUAACAAGUGCUCUUGGCCUCAAUUCUUGCAUUUGACUUUUUUGGUGACUAUCCGCGAAAGAAUCUUUUUGGUGAAGGUCACACUCGAUAUCUUAGAGAAAUCUGUAAAUGCAAUCAUUUUAUGCAUCUCUCCUCUGCAUAAUUAUUGUCCUUGUAGGAUUGAGGACAGGCAUAACCAUAGAUCAUAGCAGUGUAUUUCUGCUUCAUUUGGUCAGCAGUUAGAAAAAAAAAGACUUGUCAGGGAACAAAUUUCAGCAGUAUCAAUGGGUAUGAGUGAAUCAGUAAAACAAAUAUAGAAAGUGAAACAGUUUAAACAUAACAGCUAGAGUUGGGGUCAUUCUUUUUGUUGGGCGAUUGAUGGGAAUGGAUUCCAAUAGAUGGAGACAUCGUACAAGGUUCAGGUACUAUGGGCUCAAAAUGUAGCAGAAAUGAGAUUCUGGUGUUUAUUUUACCCCUUACUUUGCUGUAGUUAUUUUAGGUUAUGUUAGUAAAGAAUUAUUGGUAGGUAUCAUUUAAUUAUUUCAGUUUGGAUUUAUGUUUCAUUUUUUUAUUUUGAAAAUUGCCCUUUGUAUAA